ACAGCGUUAAAACAAAUCAUAUUGCGUUGGACGUCUUCUUGCUGUGAACAUUCGCAUUAUUUCAUUCAUCGUCCAGAGCUCAAAGCUUUCACACGUAUUUUCAUUGUGCAGCUUAGGAAAUUGAACGAAGAGCCGUAAAAAUGUCUGGCAGUGACAAUUCGUCGUAUGUUGAAUACAUGAACGCGAAAAACAUCAAAUUUAGCAGCAAUGGUAUGUCUCGAUGUGACGAUUGUGAAAUGUUCGUCCCGUUUCAUUCGAUGGCCGAACACAUGGCAUCGAAGCAUACGGUGAAACAAAGUGAAUCCGAUCAACACGAGGAAAGUACGGUAUACAGUCUGAAAAAUCAUUAUGAAAAGAUCGAUGCCAUAGUACGUCAGCCAUUCCGUGAUUUGUUGCCGAACAGCCGCAACAGCGUCCAUCGUUCAAAAGAAGUUCGUGUACAUCGCAACGGAUCCGUUGGCAAAGGAAGCGAAAAAGUAGAUGAGGAUCACAAUGGUUCAAUUGAUAAAGCCAACGGUACAGAUAUUUACAGCACCGAUUUUUCCGAUGUUCCGACAAAGGAAAGCAAAGUGAAGCAUUCGCGAAAGAAAUUGGACGUGUCCAAUGUUCAAUCGGUGGAACUAAGUGAAGCGGCUGAGGCAAUAAAACGGUUGCCACGCGAGGCAAGACCAUCGGCUCGAUUGGCCAAUGCCAUGGCAUUCAAGAAGCUAUCAUCGGAUGGCAUGGUUUCAAAGAAGACAUCAGUCGAUACCACGGCCACCAGAAAAUCAUCAGCCGACACCAUGAUUCCAAAAAAAACAUCCAUGCAUCGUUCAAGUUCACAAAUGCGCCCAAGCGAUAUGCCUGCACUGAUAAAGCCACCACGUCGCGGAAUGAGCGUCGAGCCAAAUCGCCCGAAAAUUCCAACCGUUUUCGAAAUGUUCAACAUUCGUCGUUCCGAAAUGCAAGGUUCAAAUGCGGAAUAUGAUAAUGAUGAUGAGCAUCCACCGCGCCGGCAGCCAUCAGUCAAAGAAAAUGUUCCCAAAAACUCGGUGCAAUGCCCAUUGUGUUCGAACAUGAUGCACAAGAACGACUUCAAAGGUCAUCUGUUGCGAAAACACUAUACUGGACAUGGUACAUUGAACAUCGAAGGUGAUGAACACUCGAAAUGCGACAUUUGCGGCAAUUUAAUGCCACAAGAACACAUUCAAGCUCAUGUCGAACGCACACAUGGCAAUGCUGGUGGUGCUGAAAAGAACAAAGACCAUUUCAUUCGUUGCAACUACUGCGCGGCGUAUAUGCACAUCGAUUAUAUGCCCGGUCAUCUCUUCCGCAAGCACAAAUCGCACGAAGGCUCCAUUGGCAUCAUUUGGCCACAGUACACCGACGAACAGGUCAUUCAAUGGUUCAACGAUGGAAUGAUUUUCAUCAAAAAUGGCGCAAUCUUCGUCGCACGAGAGGAACCUGACCAAUAAAAUUAAACGUAAAUCGUAACAUUCACUUUUUUCCGUGAUUUUUCUAUCAUUUUUCAUUUAAUUUUGUUUUAAUCUCGUACAUCUUUAGCAUGCACUUAAGUUUAAUUUUUUAUCUUUUUAAUAUUUUUAUUCUCAUAAUGAAGUUACUUAAUAUUAAGCAAUUAACCAAACCAUAACGCCCAAAAAACCACAAUUGUCAUAGUUUAAAAUUGCCCAUGCAUAGUUCAAAAUUGCCCUUCAUUUUUACCAUAUUUUCCACAAAAUUGUCAAUUUUUCAUCCUAGAUUCAUUUUAAGCGUCUCAAUUGCCAAUUCAAAUCAUUUUCAUUUUAUCUAACACCGCCAAGUGAUAAAUUUUCAGUCAAUUGUAUUCACUUUUUCCCAAACAUUUUCCUCAACACAAAAACAAUUCAAAGUCAAUAAAAUUGAGUCGAUUUAGCGAGAAUUUUCUAAAAGUUCCAUUGUUGAGGUCAUUCUAAUUUUUGCCAUAUUUUAAAGAACAAACAAAAACUUGAAUAAUUUUUUUUUUUUUAAAUAUGAAUGUUUCAUACCUUUCAUCGAACUAAAAUUGAAAACGUAAAAAAAAAACUUUUAGUUUCAAAAAGAAACAAAUCAACUCAAAAAAGAGUUUAAAAAAAAUUGGAAUGAAGAACAAGUAAUAACCAAAAAAUUGUUCCUUUUUCUUGAUUCAACGAAAAAAAAUUGGGCAAAAGAAGUGGCCACUUGAAUGAAAUUUUUAUAAAAUUUUAACGAUAUCGAUUCAAUUCCAUUGAUUUUUCCAUUGUUUUAGCUUUGAACAUAGCAAAAGUGAGUAAUUGACUAAAGAUUUUACUCAGACUAGAUCAUAGGCAUAAUUGUAUCAUUGAUUAUGAAGAAUAAUAAUUGAAAUCAAUUCAACUGCAACAAAAAUCAACAAAAAAAAACUCAUUAUUGUACGAAUAAAACACAACAACACAUAUAUUUUUAAAAUAAAAACCUAUUGCUAUCGUCA